AUGGAUGUACAAGUUCCUAUCCCGUGCAGAAAAAUUAUUCAACCGCUUCUGGUGGGGAGGUGGAGGGACGGGAAGCUGAGGUAUACACUGGUUGAGCUAGGCCCGGAUGUGCAAAUCGAAAGCGGAAGGUGGUAUGGGUUCAAGAGAUUGCACGAGUUCAAUCUAGCUUUAUUGGCUAAACAAGGUUGGCGGUUGUUCAUUUAUCCAGAUUCUUUGACUAGCCGCAUACUAAAGGCAAAGUACUAUCCCACCACUGACUUUAUGAGUGCACAAAUAGGCAGAAACCCGAGUUAUAUAUGGCGCAGCAUCAUGGCUGGCCAACAAGUGCUAAAGUUGGGCAUUGCGCGACGUAUCGGAAAUGGCCUGGACACGAAAAUCUGGGGCUGGAAUUGGUUGGCCGGAACUAAUAAUGAACCGCUACACACACCAUGCGCAGAACACCUCUGGGAGGCUAGAGUUAGGGGCCUCUUUGACGCUCAAGGACGAUGGGAUGUGGAUAUUGUUCGCGACAUAUUUCUGGAUGUGGACGUAAGACGUAUUCUCUCAACACCGAUCAACACCCAUGUUAGCGACAAUUGGCGGUGGCUGGGGGACAUUCAGGGAAGUGCUGUGUCCGUGGAGGAGGCCUACAAGCGUAUUUUGCACUCCCAGACAACCUGGAUGGCAACUUACGCUCCGGUGCAACGUCCUUCUUGCCGCACUGCUGAACCCGAGAGAUGGACACCACCUCCACACGGAGCCAUGAAGUGUAAUGUUAACGCGGCUACUUUCGACACCGGCGCCAGUUUUGGGGCGGUAGUACGUGACCAUGGUGGCACUUUCAUUGCUGCGAAGAGUGGCUGGUUGGAGGGGAUUGAUGAUCCGUUUCUAGCUGAGGUUCUUGCUGCCAAAGAGGCACUCUCAUGGAUGAAGACGCAAGGCCAGGCAAACUGGUUUUUGGAAUCGGACUGUUUAAACUUUUGUAAUGCUUUUAAUUCCUGCAAUGUUAAUCUUUCCUACGUAGGUCUUAUUGUAAAGCAAUGCUUAUCGAUUGCUACUGAUAUGGGCUCUGUAAAAGUGGUCCAUACUAAGAGAACAGCGAACCGUGUAGCUCACGAGCUUGCUCGAGCGACCGUUUCGGAGGCUGUCUUCGGGGAGUGUAAUAUGAUCCCACCUACUUGUAUUGUUGAUGUUUUACGUUGUUAA